AUGGUAAAGCAGUUCGUCAUAGUCAUAAAAUUGGGAUCUUCAUCACUAGUUGAUGAAGAGACCAAAGAACCAAAACUUUCUAUCAUGUCAUUGAUUGUGGAGACUGUGGUAAAGUUACGCAGAAGAGGACACAAAGUUAUCAUUGUAUCUAGUGGAGGUAUCGCCGUCGGAUUGAAAACGAUGAAUAUGAAGGGAAGGCCAAAGAAACUAUCCAAGGUGCAAGCAAUCGCAGCUGUGGGCCAAGGCAGAUUAAUUGGGAGGUGGGAUUCCUUGUUCUCUGAAUUUGAUCAGAGAAUUGCUCAAAUCCUAAUUACUCGAAAUGACAUUGUUGAUUGGACUCAGUAUAAGAAUGCACAGAAUACUAUUAGUGAAUUACUUUCCAUGGGAGUAGUGCCAAUCGUUAAUGAGAAUGACACUUUAUCUGUGAGCGAAAUCAAAUUUGGUGAUAAUGAUACAUUAUCAGCUAUCACAGCAGCGUUGACUGGUGCUGAUUAUCUAUUUUUAUUGACAGAUGUUGACUGUUUAUACACUGAUAAUCCAAGAGCAAAUCCCGAUGCAAAACCUAUCUUGGUUGUUCCAGAUAUAUCACAAGGAUUGCCAGGUGUGAACACAGACGGUGGAUCUGGAUCAGAUGUUGGAACUGGUGGUAUGAAGACUAAGCUUAUUGCGGCAGAAUUAGCAACCAAUGCUGGUGUCCAUACCAUCAUUAUGAAGAGCGACACUCCAGAAAACAUUUCCAAAAUUGUUCUCUACAUGCAGGAAAGGGACGAUGGCGUGAAUGAACUUACACAAGAUUUGGCUGACCUACAACUCACUGAGAUGCAAAGUUUAGUUAAUAAUCAUGUUCCUCUUCAUACUAGGUUUAUUGCCAAUAGUAAUCAUCAUCACUUGAAGAACAGACAAUUCUGGAUGCUUCAUGGACUCGUCAGUCAAGGCGCUGUAAUUAUAGACAUUGGUGCAUACGAAGCGUUAACGAGGAAAAACAAAGCUGGUUUGUUACCUGCAGGCGUUAUUGAAGUCCAAGGGAGCUUCCAUGAACAUGAAUGUAUAGAUAUAAAAUUGGGAGUCAGGGAUUCAGAUGGAAAUUUGGAUAAAUCCGUUGCACUGAAAACAGUAGGUAGGGCUCGUUGCAACUAUACAAGCACAGAGUUAUCAAAAAUUAAAGGUCUGCAAAGUGAUCAGAUUGAAGAUAUUCUAGGCUAUGCUGAUAGUGAAUACGUAGCUCAUAGGGAAAAUUUAGCAUUCCCUCCUCAUUAA